AUGGCCCUUGACCUGCGGAAUGUGUGUCCUGAGAGUUACUCAACCACAGUGCAACAAUCCAAUUCCAAAACCCUACCCGGGUCUGUGCUAGUGUUCACCAUUCGGUCCCUGGUUGCACUUCCGGGGAACAUCCGCGCUGGCUCAGGCCCCCUAGCUGUGUUGGUGCCGUUGGUGUUGCAGUAUAUCCUGGAAAUCAUUAAGUCCACAGAGUUCUUACUGUUUCACAACCGCCCAGGGCAGCCUGGCGUGAACACGCAGAGCAGGAAGGUGCUCAGCCAAUCCAAACGCUGCCAUGCAACCACACAAACUGCAACCUGCGACCUUGGACGGACACACAUACGUGUCCCUACGGGGGUAACGUUUCAUCAGGAGUCCGCCUGCAGGCAGAGAGCGGGCACCGGGCAGGGGAGGAAGUCACAGCGUCGUCGGCCCAUCCGCAGUCGGGUGCCCGGUGAUAAAAUAACCCUCAGAGGCCCGAAGAGCGGCAGAAGCGCCCGGGACUCAUCAUCUGCUGCCUCUUUGCCUUCCAGCCCCGGCCCCGCACCUUGGCGACCCUGGACGCUGGCCGCCGCCGGAAGCCAGUGUGAGCAGGAGGGGAACCCACAAACUUUGGGAUCGAAGGACGCCUUCGGGUUUCAGCAUCCUGUAAGGCUCUAUUUACCCAUUUCGAAGCAUCAAGAAUACCUGCGGAGUUCUGGGGAGAAAGUGCUAGCCAGUUUCCCCGUACAAGCCACCAUCCACUUCUACAACGACGCGUCAGAGUCCGAGGAAGAAGAGGAGCAGGGGGAAGAGAUGCGGCCCCUGGAGCCUGGGUUCCAGGGUACAGGAGGUCCGGAGGACAACAGCCUGGGCGGACCCAGUGGGGCCUGGCUGCAGAGCCCACGGGGAGGAGGGGACGCCUCUUGGGGGCCCAGCGCAUGCCCUGCUCCCAAAUGACCAGGGUCUCUCCCGGCCUCGGCCUGGUGACAGCCAGUGGGGUCAGCAGAGGCCAGGCUGCCUGAGCUCCAUCCCAGAGCAGCCUGUUGCCAAGGCUUGGCUUUUAGUUUUCUUUUCCUGGGACGUUUUCUGAGCAAGCUUGGGGGACAAAGAGGUUUGCAUCAACACUGGUGGUCAUCAGGAAAGGCCCACCCAGCUCUGUCACCUGCUGAGGGAUACUGCAGUCCUCUCCUGGACUAGCGACCCAUCCUGCCACUCACUCAAAUGGAUACUCUGUUCCGCAAGUUCUACUUUUGUGAAAAUAAUUUAGAUAUCAAAUCCCAAUUUGAAUCCAUUGUCCAAGGGUAGAUUGGUUGCUUUGUAGCACUC